AUGCGAUUUGUAACAUUAUGCAAUAGUGAGAUUAAGAAUUAUAUCAAUAGGUCUCAAUACUUACAAUUAUUAAAUAUUUGUAUAGAUUUUUUAAAAAAUUUGGAUUUAUUAUAUAAUGAUAAUUAUAAGAAUGAUGAUGCUUCUUCUAAAUAUUGUAACAAUAUAUACUAUUGGUUAUAUAAUAAAAUAAACGAACAAUAUAAUUAUAAAGAAUCUAUAAAUAAACUUAUUGAUGCAAAGAAAAAGCUAUUAGAGUAUAAGAAAAACAUAUUUGACUGCUAUGAACCAACGCUCUAUGAUGACUUGGACAAAGCAGAAAAUUUUGUAAUGUUAUCUAUAUUUAAUAAUAAUAUUGAUACUAUUCAAGAUAUAUUAACCACAAAAUAUGAAUAUAUUUUAUGCGAGUGUUUAAAUUUUAUCAACAAAUGUGUAUCUAUAUAUAAGAGUAUUAAAAAGUUUUAA